AUGUCCGAACCAGACUAUCUCUAUGGAAAAUCUCCAGAGCCUUUUCCUUGUUCAACAAAGGGUAUGCGAAGUUUGGAAACUCCUACAUCAGUUCAUGCUCUACGACCGGGUGAUAUUCAAUGUGUUGCAGCUAUGGGCGACAGCUUAACAGCAGGCAUGGGUGCUCAUGCUAUUACUCCACUCGGUGUUCUUUUAGAGAAUCGAGGAAUUGCGUGGUCUAUUGGUGGUGAUCGUAGCUAUGAUAAAGUACUGACAUUACCCAAUAUUCUUCGUCUUUAUAAUCCACAAUUGAAAGGUUUUUCAACCAAAACUUCAAUAUCAUUUCUCAAUGGUCAAAACGCAAAACACAAUGGACUUAAUGUUGCAAAAUCAGGUGCUCGUUCAUAUCAUAUGGUUGAUCAAGCUGAUCUUCUGUUAAAUCGCUUAAAGGAUGAAAAACUCUGCGAUUGGAAUAAUGAUUGGAAACUAAUUACAUUCUUUAUUGGAGGAAAUGAUCUGUGUGAUUUCUGUAAAGAUUUAACGAAACAUGAUCCAGUAAAUUUUGUUGGAUGGGUUCGUGAGACACUCGAUCGAUUGUACAAUGCUAAUCUACCUCGUACAUUGAUAAAUCUUGUACCCGUACUCGAUAUUCGUCCUGUAAAAGAACUUAAAAAUGGCAAUAUUGUUUGUAAACUUCUUCACAAAUCUCUAUGUCCAUGUGCAGCAUAUCCUACGGAAGACGACGAGAAAAUAAUAAACCAAUGGAUUCCUUUAUAUCAACAAGGUCUUGUUGAUCUAGUUAAUUCAGGUCAUUAUGAUGGUCGUGAUGAUUUCACUGUUGUUGUUCAACCAUUCUUCACUCAAACGCAACCACCUCGAAAAGACAAUAAUAAAAUCGAUUAUAGUUAUUUUGCUCCCGAUUGUUUUCAUUUUAGCGGCAAAGGUCAUUCGGUUGCCGCACUAUCAAUUUGGAAUAAUAUGUUCGAAUCAGUUAGCACGAAAAAAACUUCGUGGCACCAAGGUGAACCAUUUGAAUGCCCUACAGAAGAUCAUCCUUAUAUUUAUACAUCGAAAAAUUCAAUUCGAAAAUAA